ACAGAUCUAGUGAUCUAAAACUGUGAAACAUAAGAAAUAGUCGGUGAAACCCACCCGUAUCUAGGUGUAUAAAACCGACUAGACACCCGCGGCACCGAUCUAGGUGUAUUUACCUCGUCAACUCCUGUCGACUAUCAGACUCCAACGACAUCCCUGCACCGUAAAUUCGUUCUGCGGGAAUUCCAAUUACUUCUAGAACUCGUGGUCGGUUCUAUCUUGCAAGCAACAGGGACCAUGUCGGAAAAGAUGAAGGCUGCUGCCUUAUCAGCAGCUACUAAAGGGCUUAGUCGUGUCCAAGCUGAACGUGCUACAGCAAAUGCAACACGAAAUGUAAAUGCAUACGGGCAAAAGGAAGAAGGGCCAAGUAGAUGGCAAGAAAAGAAAGAAGCAAAGACACAAAUGUACCUGAAAAGUACUGAAAAGCAAGCGACAUUGAACCAGAAAAGAUGUCAGAAGUGUCGACAACCAGGUCACUGGACAUACGAGUGUCAAAAGCCCGUACCAGAAACCCCUAAAGUUGAAGCUGGGUCACUGUAUUCACGUGAUUUGGAUGCAGACUUGAAGAAAGAAAAAGGUGAAAAGGGUUUGAAGAAGAAGAAAAAAGAUAAGAGUAGUAAAAGAAAACACAAGAGAAGAAAGCAUAGGUCUAGUUCUUCUUCAGAGUCAUCAGAUUCUGAAUCAGAUGAUUCAAGGAGUCAUAAAAGAAAACACAAGAAACGAAAGCAUAGGUCUAGUUCUUCAGAGUCGUCUGAUUUUGAAUCGGAAGAUGAAAGGGGGAAGAGAAAACGGCAUAGCCGGAAGUCUAAUGGUGGUCGGUAAUUUGACUAGAAACUUGUGUUAUGUAGGGUCAUAGUAUUGAAGUAGCUGUCAAUGCUGGCAAGUUCAUUUGGUUAGUAACAUUUUGAUCACAUAUGUUGGCUUCGAUUUAUGCUGUAUGUGAAAAAAGAGCGAAGAUGAGUCUGUGUUCCAUCAUAUAAUAAAAUGGUAGACAAAAGAGAGAAAUAGGCAGCAGUUGUAUCAGAAAUUGAAGAUCCUAUAAUAACGUCUCAGAGUCUUAUCUUUAUGUGAGUUGUAAUCUGUAUUAAAGACCGAUAGUCUCGCCAUUUAUAGAAAAUACAAAGCUUAAUCA